ACAGCUGGGGAGGGGCGAAUUUCAGUGUAGUGAUGGCGUUAAAUAAUUUCAAUAAAUUUCAUGUUUCAUUAAAAAAAUUAAAUUCACGUGCAUUAUUGCCGACACUUAAUCAGUCCAUUUACGAGCUACUAAUAAGAAGAAACUAUAACGAUGAGAAGCAGAAUCACGAUAGAAACAACUCGCAGAAAGGACACCGAAGGUUUUGGAGCUAUAGCUUGUUGCCUAUCGCCUCUAUUGCGGCUGUAUCUGCGUACUUAGCUUAUAAACACAGAAAUUCUAUAAUCCCACAUGUGUCUGCGUUUACGUUGCCUCCACUUUCCGGGCGACGUAAGCAAUAUAACUUCCUUGCUGAUGUGGUUUAUGCUUGUGCACCGUCGGUAGUGUACAUAGAGAUUAAAGACAUGCGGCAAUUUGAUUACUAUACCGGUAAGCCAGUUACAGCGUCGAAUGGCUCGGGCUUUAUAAUCGAUUCCAAUGGGCUCAUACUGACAAAUGCGCACGUUGUCAUCAAUAAACCGCACACAAUGGUGCAAGUAAGGCUAAACGAUGGUCGUGUUUUUCCUGGUGUUGUAGAGGAUGUAGAUCAAUCUUCAGAUUUAGCGAUAGUGCGGAUAGAUUGCAAAGAUUUACCAGUUAUGGCGCUUGGCAAUAGUGCUACACUGCGUUCCGGCGAAUGGGUAGUAGCGCUAGGUAGCCCAUUGGCUUUGAGUAAUACAGUGACGGCUGGCGUAGUCAGCUCAACACAACGUCCCUCACAAGAAUUGGGAUUGAGAAAUCGUGAUAUUAAUUAUAUUCAAACGGAUGCAGCUAUCACAUUCGGAAACUCUGGUGGGCCAUUGGUCAACUUGGAUGGAGAAGCUAUCGGUGUCAAUUCAAUGAAAGUUACUGCAGGCAUAAGCUUUGCCAUACCUAUUGACUACGUCAAACUAUUUCUCAAAAAAGCCGAGGAGCGACGUAAGACGGGUAUUAGCAAAAUGGAUUAUCCAGAAAAACGCUAUAUGGGUAUAACAAUGCUUACAUUAACGCCCGACAUACUUUUCGAGCUAAAGAGCCGUUCGCAGAAUGUACCGAGCGAUUUAACACAUGGCGUUUUGGUGUGGAAAGUAAUCAUUGGCUCGCCAGCUCACGCUGGCGGCCUCUAUCCAGGUGAUAUUGUUACGAAGAUCAAUGAGAAGGAAAUCAAGAACUCUUCAGACGUUUAUGAAGUGUUAGCUGAUAAGACGAAAUCGCUCAAUAUAACUAUUUACCGUGGGAUGAAAAAGAUGACUGUGAAAAUUGUGCCUGAAGAUCCUUAAAAAUGUUUAUAGAGUUUUAAAUCCUGAUAUACUCCAGCACAAAUGCACUUCACACGGGCAUUGUUUAGAAAAGCAUUAAAGUUUAACAACACUGCCCACCGACUUCUGGCAACUAGCAAGCGUCAGAGAUAAUUAGUCGAUAUUUUCAUAAUAAUUUCUUUAAUUUAAGGAAGCAAUAUUUUGAGGUUAGGAAACAAACGAUAAAUAAAACUGACAUAAGAAAACGAAAA